GCUGAUUGGAAGAUGUGCGGAGGCAGGGCUGAUUCUCGAAGGAGGGGCGUGGAGAAAAGUGGGCGGGGCCAAAUAAAAGGUUGAGGGUGCCCCUGUGAUCUUGCAACUGCUCCUUAGGCCAGGUGGAGGGAUUGUCCUUGUAUAAAUUGGGAAACUGAGGCUCACGAACGCUUAGCUGGGCCGUGCGGGUGACCAAAGGUUACCAGGAGGCUGAGCGCCUGGCACAUCUUCCCUGACGACCAGUAUUUCCAUCUACGACACCGGGGUGUGGCCCAGCAGUCCCUGACCCCACACUGGGGCCACCGUCUGCGCCUAAAGAAAGAGCCCAAUGUGCAGUGGUUUGAGCAACAGACUUUGAAGCGGCGGGUGAAGCGCUCCUUGGUGGUGCCCACGGACCCCUGGUUUUCCAAGCAGUGGUACAUGAACAACGAGAUACAGCCAGAUCUCAACAUUCUGAAGGUUUGGAACCAGGGACUGACCGGCCGGGGAGUGGUGAUCUCCAUCUUGGAUGACGGCAUUGAGAAGGACCACCCAGACCUCUGGGCUAAUUAUGACCCUCUGGCCAGCUAUGACUUCAAUGACUAUGACCCAGACCCCCAGCCUCGCUACACACCCAGCGAUGAGAACCGGCAUGGGACCCGCUGCGCUGGGGAGGUGUCUGCCACAGCUAACAAUGGCUUCUGUGGUGCUGGUGUGGCUUUCAACGCCAGAAUUGGAGGCGUGCGCAUGUUGGAUGGAACCAUCACGGACAUCGUGGAGGCGCAGUCCCUCAGCCUGCAGCCGCAGCACAUACACAUCUAUAGCGCCAGCUGGGGGCCCGAGGAUGAUGGUCGCACGGUGGACGGACCAGGCAUCCUCACUCGGGAGGCCUUCAGGCGUGGCGUGACCAAGGGCCGCCAAGGACUGGGUACACUGUUCAUCUGGGCCUCGGGAAACGGUGGCCUCCAUUACGACAACUGCAAUUGUGACGGCUACACCAACAGCAUCCACACACUGUCAGUGGGCAGCACCACGCGGCAGGGUCAAGUGCCCUGGUACAGCGAGGCCUGCGCCUCCACGUUCACCACCACCUUCAGCAGCGGAGUGGCUACCGACCCACAGAUCGUCACCACGGACCUGCACCACCAGUGUACCGACAAACACACGGGCACCUCGGCCUCCGCCCCGCUGGCCGCUGGCAUGAUCGCUCUGGCUCUGGAGGCCAACCCGCUCCUGACCUGGAGGGACCUACAGCACCUGGUGGUCCGCGCGUCCAGGCCGGCGCAGCUGCAGGCAGAGGACUGGAGGAUCAACGGCGUGGGGCGCCAAGGUGCGGCGGGGCCAGGGAGAGGACCGGGGCGCCGUGCAUGCAGGGCGAGUGACGGCUACCCCUCCCGCGCAGUGAGCCACCACUACGGCUACGGGCUGCUGGACGCAGGGCUGCUGGUGGACCUGGCUCGCGUGUGGCUGCCCACGCAGCCACAGAAGAAAUGUGCCAUUCGGGUGGUGCACACCCCAACCUCCAUCCUGCCUCGGAUGCUGGUGAGGAAGAACGUGUCCGCGUGCUCCGACGGCUCGCACCGCCUCAUCCGCUCGCUCGAGCACGUGCAGGUCCAGCUGUCCCUCUCCUACAGCCGCCGCGGGGACCUGGAGAUCUCGCUCACCAGCCCCAUGGGCACGCGCUCCACGCUCGUGGCCAUCAGACCCUUGGAUAUCAGCAGCCAAGGCUACAAGAACUGGAUCUUCAUGUCCACCCACUAUUGGGAUGAGGACCCACAGGGCCUGUGGACCCUGGGUCUGGAGAACAAGGGCUACUAUUUUAACACAGGAACUCUGUUCUACUACACGUUGCUGUUGUAUGGGACGGCCGAGGACAUGACCGCGCGGCCUCAGGGCCCCCAGGUGACCAGCCGCGCGUGUGUGCAGAGGGACACAGAGGGGCUGCGCCAGGAAAGCCACAGUUCCUCCACCAUCCUGGCCUGGCUCUGCCUCAUCUCUAGCUGAGAGUGGUGGUGGCUCUACAGCCACACAGCGCAGCCAGUGACCGAGAGACAGGUCAACUGUCACCCUCCUAUUACACCUGCUGAGGCAGCUUGACCAGCAGCUAUGCUGCCUGUCCCCUGUCCUUCAUGCUGGACGAGCUCCAGGGCUCCUCCAAGGCCUGCUACCUCUGGCGGCCAUCCCAGCUACCAGUCCUGGGCCAUGGUGCUGGCCCGGCUGGCCAGGGCCUUCAGGAGACCCCUCUCGGCUUGAGGAAGGCCCACCCACCCUAGGCUAGACACCCCAAUGCCCGAGACCCUGAAGGCUGGGAAACCAGAGAUGCCUGACUCAAAGAACAGAGGGUGGUACCCCUAGGCCCCACUCCUAGGCUGGAAUAGGACCCUGCCCCAGAAGGCCUUGGCAGAUCAGCAGCAGCCCACUGCGUGGGCAUGGCUACUCCCAGUGGAAGAGGUGUCUCCUUACGCAUUUUGGAGCAGGACAAGGGGUGCAGUGGACAGAGGUCAAACCACAGCCACUAACCUUCUGUCCCUUCCUGUCCAGAACUGUCCACAAGCCCCAUGUCUGACCUCAUAGUUGGCAAAUAAAAGUUAAUAGAUGUCAA